AUGUCUAGUGCUGCAAACAUCUUGCUGAAACAGUUUAAAGAGCUAACAAGUAAUCCCGUACCUGGUUUCACGGUUGCCCUACCGAACGACGGCAACGUGUUUGAAUGGGAUGUAGGCAUCAUAGGUGCUCCGAGUACGAUUUACGAAGGCGGUUAUUUCAAGGCUACUCUCAAGUUUCCAAAUGACUAUCCGUAUAAUCCACCAACGUUCAAAUUUAACAAUGAAUUCUUUCAUCCAAAUGUCUACCCAGAUGGUCGCCUUUGUAUUUCUAUUCUUCAUCCACCUGGCGACGAUCCCACCAGUGGUGAGACAGCUGCGGAACGUUGGAAUCCAACUCAAAGUGUUGAAAGUAUUUUGAUCAGCAUUGUCAGUCUUAUGGGUGAUCCAAAUUGUUCUAGUCCCGCUAAUGUGGAUGCUGGUGUUAUGUAUCGUAAAGAUCGGGAGUCUUACAAUUCUAUUGUCAGAUCUCAAGUAGAGAAUUCAAAGAAAGAUAUUCCUGAAGGAUUAAAGAUACCUACCAGCACCGAUGAUUUUGUUGUUUAUAAACGUCAAAUUGAUGACGAACACGAUGAGAAUUUUUGUUCAAUUGCUUUGCGAAAGAGUUCCAAUUGGGAAUGA